GACAUGGUCAAGAAUGAAGCCAAUCGCUUCAUAUACUCGAGAUUUCAUAUAUUUCUAUACCUAGUUUUGGCUCUGCUGAGCUUGCUGUCUUUAAUUUUGUCUCUCAAUGAGGUGUGCCCAUCACCGUCGCUUAUUGCUCUUGAAUAUGCUAUCAACUCGGCCAUGGUCAUUGAGGUCUUCAUUCGAGCGGUGGCGAAUGGACGAGCAUUUUUUCAUUCCUACUAUAAUGCUGUAGAUAUAAUUUUGCUAUUGCUUUGCAUUGUUACCUUGGUGCUAAUCACAACGGGCUGCUCCAACGCGCAACGAGACGAGGCUAUAAUUGAUACUAUUUUACUUACCCUCCGUAAUAUUGUACAAGUUUUUCGCUUUGCUGCUAUGAUCCAAAGAAACAAACGAACCAUGGAUAGCCGAACGACCAAGGUUGAUUUUACGGGUCUUCAACAACAGCCAUCAACCUCCUCUUUAGUACCUAGUCACUAUGGCAUAGAUUCGGAGGAUGAUGAUGGAGUUUUGGUGUGAAUAUGGUUUAACAAAUAAAAGAGCAAACCCACCCCCGCGUAC